UCGAUAUCGUAGGCCGAUAACAGCCUGCGUUGAGUUUUUAAAGUUUUACAUUGUUAUUUCACAAUUGUAAUCAAUUUGCCCGCUUUUUGACUGCAAAAUGGAGAAGUUCGUGCGGGACACGUUGUCCAAAUGUCUGGACUGUGUGGUCACGGAUCAGAUGAUGUCCGCCAUCCUAAGCAUCAAAGACGACUAUGAAUUCGACAGCUACUUUGGCAAUUUACUGAGCGAGGACAUCGAGGAGCACCGCAUGUUCCUGCUAAACUGUCGCCGGAUGCUACUGAGUGGCAAACAGCCGCGGAACAAUGGCAAAAAUCGCUCGCCCCACAAGCAACUUGCACCCACAUCACCGCCCAAGGAUCCCAAGCAAAAUAUCAGCCAGGGGGCCAAGGGUAAGUCCGGGAAGUACGUGAAUCUGUAUGCCAGCGAUGGUCGUGUCCAGGGCGACACCAUUCUGCUAAAGGGCCGACGGCAUUGCGACUGCCAGGCGGCCCAGCACAAACUGAUCAACAAUUGCCUGGGCUGCGGCCGGAUCGUAUGCGAACAGGAGGGAAGCGGACCGUGCUUGUGCUGCGGCGCUCCCGUCCACACGCCCGAGGAGGAGCAGCAGCUGGCCAAGGCAGCCAGGGAAAAGGGCGGCUCGAAGAGUGCCCCCAAGCACGGCAAAAAGUCCGGAAAGGAGAAUGCCAAGGAACCCUCCAAGGAGGCGCUGGACAAGGCGCUGGCCCAAAGAGACCGUUUGCUGGAGUACGACAAGAACAGCGAGAAGAGAACCACAGUCAUCGACGAUGAGCUGGACUACUUCCAGGAGAACUCCGUAUGGCUGAGCGACGCUGAGCGGGAGAAGUUCGAGAAACUGCACCGAGAGAUGGAGGAGAUAAAGCACGGCAGUCGCAUGAAACGCAAGAUCCGGGUUGACUUUGCUGGCCGGGAGUUGCCGGAGGAACCGACCAUCUCCAAGGAGUACGAGCAGCACGUGAUCAGCGAACUAGCGGCCGUUUCUAAGGCCUCGGGUGUCGGAUCCAACUGGAGUGCAUCCGCGGUCACCGGGCACUCCGCUUUGACACUUGCACCCAAUUUGGACAUGGCAAAGCCGCCCGUCUACAAGCCCAGCAAGGAAUCCAAGAGUUGGCCAGCUCCCGCAGCAGCCAGCGAUGGGCUGGAGAGGAUCUACAAUCGGGUGCAGGACAAGGAACUCCUGGAAAUGCAGGACAUGCGCCAGUGUCUGUCGAUGCAUCAGCCCUGGGCGUCGCUCCUAGUGGCUGGCAUUAAAAAACACGAGGGACGAGUGUGGUACAGUGAACACCGUGGUAGACUGUGGAUAGCCUCCACCUCCAAGGAGCCGCACGCCGAGGACAUUGCCCAAAUGGAGGGCUUUUACAAAGUUCUCUACGGCGAUCCCGAUAUCAAGUUCCCAAGUCAUUAUCCCACUAGCAGCCUGCUAGGUUGCGUCAACGUGGAAAGUUGCCUUCCGCAAGAGGAGUACCGAGAGGUAUAUCCCAACGGAGAGUCGGAGAGUCCCUAUGUCUUUGUCUGCACUAAGCCAGAACAGCUGAAUAUUCUACUGCCUGUUCACGGCGAUCACAAGAUAUACGAUCUGCCGCUGAAAACUCACACGGCCGCCUGCAAAACGCUACUAAGGGCCAGGGCCAACAAGGGUUAAGGUUUCGGUUCAGUUUCAAACACAUUUUUAUUAGUUUAAUGCAAACUUGUUUGCUAAUUUAAAAAAUUUAAAGCUCAAAGAGUUUCUCAUAAAUUAAAGUGAAAUGGAAUAUUCAAAA